AUGUCCAACGCCAGCCUCGUGACAGUGUUCAUCCUCACGGGCCUUCCCCAUACCCCAGGGCUGGACGCCCUCCUCUUUGGAGUCUUCCUGGUGGUUUAUGUGCUCACUGUGCUGGGGAACCUCCUCAUCCUGCUGGUGAUCAGGGUGGAUUCUCACCUCCACUUCCUCACCAACCUGUCCUUCAUUGACAUGUGGUUCUCCACUGUCACGGUGCCCAAAAUGCUGAUGACCUUGGUGUCCCCAAGCGGCAGGACUAUCUCCUUCCACAGCCGCGUGGCUCAGCUCUAUUUCUUUCACUUCCUGGGGGGCACCGAAUGUUUCCUCUACACGGUCAUGUCCUAUGAUCGCUACCUGGCCAUCAGUUACCCGCUCAGGUACACCCGCAUGAUGAGUGGGCGCUCGUGUGCCCUCCUGGCCACCAGCACUUGGCUCAGUGGCUCUCUGCACUCUGCUGUCCAGACCACAAUGACUUUCCAUUUGCCCUACUGUGGACCCAACCGGAUCCAGCACUACUUCUGUGACGCACCGCCCAUCCUGAAACCGGCCUGUGCAGACACCUCAGCCAACGAGAUGGUCAUCUUUGUGGACAUUGAGGUAGUGGCCUCGGGCUGCUUUGUCCUGAUAGUGCUGUCCUAUGUGUCCAUCGUCCGUUCCAUCCUGCGGAUCCGCACUUCGGAGGGGAGGCACAGAGCCUUUCAGACCUGUGCCUCCCACUGCAUCGUGGUCGUUUGCUGCUUUGGCCCUGGUCUUUUCAUUUACCUGAGACCAGGCUCCAGGAAAGCUGUGGAUGGCGUUGUGGCCGUUUUCUACACUGUGCUGUUGCCCCUUCUCAACCCUGUUGUGUACACCCUGAGAAACAAGGAGGUAAAGAAAGCUCUGUUGAAGCUGAAAAAUGGGUCAGUAUUAGCUCAGGGUGAAUAG